AUAAUAUGUUAUUUCUGAACUGUUGUGUUGUGUUUUGUGGUGACCAUUUCAAUAAAAUUAAAAUAACUAUUUCAAUUUAGUAAUACUCUGAAAAUAUGAAAGAAUUGACACUAAAAACUACAGAUGCAUAAAUAAAGAUAAAUUUAUCAUACAAUCCUUAAACAUCAAGCUUUCAAAAUGAAACUAAUGAAAUUAAUACGUUCAAGUAUUUUUCAAGGAUUGUCACUAUUAUUUCUUCUGGGAUAUCUUUUAGGAGUUUUAAAUUUGCAUUUCAGCGACAAAAAUAACUAUUGUUUCAUGACAUAUAUGUUUGAAUAUCCACAAUUUGUGCAUCUGUCUAUGCCAGAAAACAAAAUUUAUCCACAAUAUGCCUUAUUUGCAUAUAGUGAAGGCAGAUUCACAGAGAGAGCAAGAAAAAUGUGGUUUGACGGAGUACCAGUGUUAUUCAUACCAGGCAAUUCUGGUAGUCACAUGCAAGCAAGAUCACUGGCAUCUGUGGCCUUAAGAAAAGCCUUGUCUGGAGGAUAUGAUUACCAUUUUGAUUACUUUGCCAUAAGCUAUAAUGAGGAGCUCUCAGGCCUUUAUGGAGGAGUUCUACAAAGUCAAACAAGAUUUGCAGCUGCUUGUAUAGCAAAAAUAUUGGAUCUGUAUAAAGAAAAUAAUUAUAUUAAAUCUGUACCAACAUCUGUUAUUCUCAUUGGACAUUCAAUGGGAGGUCUUGUGGCCAAGCGUUUGUUGGUUCAUCCAAGUACAGUCAAUUCGACAAGUAUAGCAAUCACUUUAGCAGCUCCUUUAGAAGCCCCACUGAUUAACUUUGAUAUAGCUAUGAAUGAUUACUAUUUAAGUAUGAAUCAGGAAUGGGAAAAUUUCGUAAAAGGCAAUCAAUUGAUGACAGAUAAGAAGAUGCUUUUAAGUUUUGGAAAUGGACCAAGAGAUUUACUAAUGCCUUCAGGCUUAACAUUAUCAAACGACAGUGAUAUAAAUACAUUGACGACAGCUAUACCAGGCGUUUGGGUAUCACCGGAUCACGUCUGUAUUGUAUGGUGCAAGCAACUUGUUAUGGCAAUCAACAAAUACUUGUUUUCGAUAGUCAAUCCUGUGACGAAACAAAUAAGUUAUGAUAAACAGUUGCUAAUGUCGAGAGCCAAGCAGUAUUUUCAGGCGAAUCGUUCAAUGACAAUUAAUCCAGAAAUUCCUAAAGCCAAUGCGACAAUGACAGCGGAUGCAUUCUGGUACGAAGAUAACCGGAGGAUUUAUCAAGUGCAACGACCGGAAAUUGACAAAACAACAUAUCUAAUGAUAAGAUUAGUUAAAUUCCCGCAGAACAGAUUCGUAGCUGUUGAGGCUGUUAAUGUGUCUGAUAAAGAUUGGAUAUAUGGAUGUAAUGCGAAACAUACAUACAACACGCACAGAUAUUGUAAACACGCAGUAUCGUUAACAGAAUUAAGUCGUUGGUCCGGAGCUGCGACCGAAUUUCGAAAGAGGAAGUUAGCAACAGUGAACCUGCACAAUGUGAUGGAACAUUACCCGGAUUGGUCUCAUGUUGUCGUCAAGGUAUCGCCUACACGAAAACCCGUAACUAUGAACAUCGACAUCAACGAUUAUGCGUCCCGGCAGAUAUUCGUGGAUCUACCCACGUUUUUCGAAUUCGGAAAGAGGAUCGUGAAACCAGAAACCGAACGAGACAGUUUGUAUUACGAAUUGAUCUUGCGAGAUUUUAAUGCGAUACACGAAGCGUACCUCCUUUACGUUGAGCCGACUGCGAAUUGUAAAGCAAGCCGAUAUCACGUUUCGGCGGAGUUGCAUGUUCCGUGGGCGAAAAAUCACGAAUAUUAUCAUUAUUUUACGCAUUUGAAAAGGUCGCCUAUGAAGUUAAGGCUAUUUAAAACAAACCCUAAUUUAACACUUGGAUUGGAAACCACCGAGCACGCGAAAAUUACUUUGCUAUUGGAUCCUCAAUGUCAAUUUACUCUCAGUAUAUCGUCAUCGUGGUACAAUCGCCUCGCUCAGUUUACUCGAAAUUACGGUCCAGUACUUAUUCCGUAUGUAGCCGCCAUAGUGUUAUUAGCUGCCAGAAGUAUUAUUAUGAACUUUCAAGAAUCUGGAUCAUGCCUGACCAUUCAUGGAGCUUUAAUGAGCGAAGGGGUCAAACCCUAUUAUUGUCUCGUGUUUUCAAGAUUAGCAACUAAGAUUUUUUUGGCGAUUCCGCUGUUCUCAUUUAUGUUCGAAAGCGCAAGCUGGAGGGAUCUCGAAUUGCAGUAUUUUAUCAAAUCCCUGUUAGUGUUGCCAGCUUAUAUGACAGCAUUAGGGAUUGUCAAUAUUGUAGCUGCUGCUAUAAUGGGUGCAAUGGUAUUUUCAUCACAGAUAGCGCAUAGAUUACUGUUUAAAAUAGUAUGGCGAGGCGGCGGUAGCUUAGCAGAGAAAAUGGCCACCGGAUUGCACAAGCUCCCCAUGAUCGUGAGUGCAGCGCUAGUUUGCGCCGUUCCUUUAUCAUGCGGAGCAGCUUCAUUGGCUGCUGGUGCCGCUUUUUAUGCAUUUAUGCUCUCGAAAAUGUACGAAGAAUAUUUAGAAGAUUAUGUUUACAAAAUAAUGGCGAAGCUAGCUUCUAAAGUCUGUCGUAUGUUCAACUCGACAAGAAACAAACAUGAAAAAUCUGAAACCAAUUUGAUUUCAAAAGCUUUAUCGGAUGCAAAGGAAAGUAAUCUCAGAUCUAAAGAAAUUGACGAAAUUGAAGAUAAUGAUAAGGAUUCAACGAACAAUGUAGGACAAGACGGUUCUUCAAACACAGACUGUGCGAAUAAAGAAAGCGAACGAAAGCCCAAAGAAGAUAGUAUUAAGGGUGAAAGCAAAGAAGACUUGGACGAGGAUUUUAAUAGCAUUAACUUCCACAUGAUGUUGUUUUUCAUGUGGAUCACAGUGACUCUAGUCAAUGUUCCAGCAUUAUUAACAUGGGCGCGAAAUUUUAAGUAUUCCAUGGUACUAAAACCAGAUACGUCAUAUCACACUGGUCUAGUCAUGUCAGUUUGUUCCAGUUGUAUCUGGCAAAUCAAUGGUCCCAGAAGAAAUUUGAAGCAUUAUGAAGCGGUUUCAUCUUUACUAUUUACAAUGGCUAUAUUUAUAUUAGCUUUGGGACCCCUAUCACUCACAAUAGUCAACUAUGGAAUCACUUUUACAUUUGUCGUUAUUACAUUACAACAAGUAUGUGAUAAGGAAGAUGUUCAAAGCUCUACCACUGAAGGUAUAAAUGAAUCCAAGAACGAUAAUGAUGAAAAACCCAAAGAAAACCAAAACGAGGAAAAAGAAGAAGCUGAUAAUAUUCAAAUGAAUGAUUGUGAUCCAUGCAAUGAGAACAGAAUAUUUGAUGCUUUUAAGAAUCUUCAAGAUAAAUUUGAUUUAACUACAAUGGAUAAUUUGUAACAACUUGUGUACUUGUUUUGUUUUUGAAAUAUUUAUAUAAAGAGUAUUUGUAGGAUUGUAAUAAUGAUAAACAUUGAGCAACAAUGAAUGCCAUAAUUUGUCACAAAUAGGAAACAAGUAAAAUUUUUGUUGAAAUGUUUGCAUAAGGAAUAUAUGUGAUUUAAACAGAAAA